AUGACAGCCUCGACGCUUGCCUCCACCUUCAGCACGUCAUCCGACGCCGUCCUGGAGCAGCCGCACGACGGCAACAGGUACGGCAGCCGGCUCGCCAUCCUCAAGGCGCUGCUCCCCAAGCUUCCUCUCAUGCUCCGCGUCGCCCUCGCCCACCUCCUCGGCAUCUCCGAGUCGGCCUCCUACCUGGACCUGCGCAGCGUCCUCACCGUCGCCGUGCUGCGAUCCUUUCUCGAGCCGAACCCGUCGCGGCCGCACACGAUAUCGUCGGUCCAACGGCUCAGCGUCCGUGAUCCGGGCGUCAAGGGACGGCUUUGGGUCAGCACCUAUGCGUCGCCCGCACCGCCCGAGGACGACGCCCGGCACGCUCUCGCCAGCGCUCUCGAGGCCCUCCGCGAAGACCCUUCGGCCGGAACCAUGGCCCUCCCCGAGUACGCGUCGGCGGUGGAGGCCGAGUGGACCGGAUACCGGGCCGGCGCGCUGCCCGACGACGGCCCGCCGGCGAUACCGGAGCGUGAAAAGUACGACAGGCUCGUGGCCGAGUGUUCGCGGCCGACGACGGUCCUGUACCUCCACGGCGGCGCCUACUACCUCCUCGACCCGUCCUCGCACCGGCCGACGACGAAGAAGCUGGCCAAGAUCAGCCAAGGUCGCUGUUACUCGGUCCGCUACCGUCUCGCGCCCCGGCACCCGUUCCCCGCCGCUCUCCUCGACGCCUUCGUCUCCUACCUGACCCUUCUCUUUCCGCCGCCGGAUGCCUAUCACGAACCGGUGCGGCCCGAGCACGUCGUCAUCUCGGGGGACAGCGCCGGCGGCGCCCUGACCUUGGCCCUGCUGCAGCUGCUGCUCGAGCUCCGCCGCCAGCGCCGUCAGGUCCUCUGGUACGCCGAGAUGCGUGACGUUCCCUUGCCGGCCGCCGUCGCCUGCAACUCGCCCUGGCUCGACAUCACCCACAGCUUCCCCUCCUUCGACCCUUCGGCCCCGGCCGCCUUCGACUACCUGCCCAAGCCGGCGCCGUCGGCGGCCCGGGCGAACCUUGCGCCAUGCUCCGUCUGGCCGGCCAACCCGCCGCGCAAGUACCUGUACGCCGCCGACGACCUCGUCACCCACCCGCUCGCGUCCCCCAUCAUGGCCCGCUCCUGGGCCGGCGCGCCGCCCGUCUACGUGUGCACAGGCUGGGAGCUGCUCGCCGACGAGGACCGAUUCCUGGCCAGGAAGCUCGCGGCCGAUGGCGUCCCCGUCGUCUUCGAGGAGUACGAGGCCAUGCCGCACUGCUUUGCCAUGCUCCUGACGGCCACCCCGGCCGCCCGCCUCUGCUUCGACGCCUGGGGGGGAUUCAUCCGCAAGGCCGUCGAGGACCCGGCCGCCAUCGCCUCCAGCGCGACGACCAUCGGCGCCAAGACGCUCGACCCGAAGCCACUGUGCUUCGAUGGCCUGAGCGGCAUGGGGCACGACGAACUCCGCGACAGAAUGAUGCGAAAGGCACGGGAGGCACCGCUGCCGAGCUUCGUGUCUAAGCUGUAA